UACCGUGUUAUUUUGGCUUGCUUGCGCAAGCAUCCGAGUUAUUAGGGUCCGACUUUGUUCUGACUCAUAGUCCAGGGUUUCUGAUGCCACACACUCAACAGAUUCAUGCUGGCGACCCUGCAUAUGCUUCUCCUGUAAUUCGUCCUCCUUCUCCUGCAAGUUCUGUGGGAACCGCAUACGGGCCCGAUGACACGUCGCUAUCUGACUCGGGAUUGAAUCAGGAUGUUUUCGAGCGAAAGUGGAUCGCCAACCUUCGACUUGAUGAACCGAAACAUGAUGAAGUCCAUAACUUGAAAGAUCCCUUGAUAAUUUGUCCUAGCGAUCCGCAAGAACAGAAGCUGCUGUUUGAGGAAAUAUUACGUGGCUUCCGACAGCGUGUUCAGCAGCUAGAGGAGGAUGAAAUAUUUCAGCAAGCAGUCAUAAACGGUUCUCAAAUCGGAAAGGAACAACUACCUUCAGCUGACAGCGUGGAGAACUUGAUACAGAACAUGAUGGGCACCUCGAUAGGAAACGAAGCAAGCCACAUACAAGAUGGUCCUUGGAAUAGGCGCAACACUACUCAUGCGACUUCCACUUCCAGCAGUAUGAGGACCGCUGUCGGGAAAGGGCGACUAGGGCAAACCUGACUUAUGUUGUGGCUGUUUCUACUCUAUUGAGGAACCUGCUUACUCAGAAAUUCGUAC